UUGGCUCAGACCGGAUCGGGGGCAUCACUAAUUUUUUGGGGCGAAAAUUCUAUGGCGACCAACGACGACGCCGGGAAGAUCUUUGUGGGUGGCCUCCCCAAGAGUUGUGCACAGGAAUCCUUGAAGAUUUGGGCGGAGCAAUAUGGUGAGGUGUCCAAUGUGGAGGUGAAGGUUGAUCCCAUGGGUGUCUCUAGAGGCUUUGGCUUUGUGACCUUCUUUGAUCCUUCGGUCGCUCAAUCAAUUGUCGCCAACAAAGACAACAACAUGAUGGAUGGCAAGUGGAUAGAUUGCAAGAUGGCAAUGCCUCCGGGGACCGCCCCUCCAGCAGGGAAAGGAGGCAAAGGAGCAAUUGACCCCAGCAAUCCAAAGAUUUUUGUCGGAGCCUUGCCGAAGAGUGCCACGGAAGAAUCCGUGUCAAUGUUCUUCUCAGCCUUUGGUAAUGUCACAGAAGUCGUAGUGAAAAUGGCCGAAGAUGGCCAGUGCAAAGGCUUUGCCUUUGUCACCUUUGAAGACGCCACAUCCGCAAAGUCUGUCCUUGACAACUAUGACAACAACAUGUUAGAUGGCAAAUGGAUUGAUUGCAAACCAAUUGUUGCCAACAAGGGCAAAGACAAAGGCUUUGGAAAGGGCGACUUUGGAAAAGGUGGCUUCAGCAAAGGUUUUGGAGGUGGUGGCUUUGGCGGCGGUUUUGGCAAAGGCUUCAAUGGUGGCUAUGGAGGCGGUGGCUGCGGUGGCUAUGGAGGCGGUGGCUGCGCUGGAGGCUAUGGAGGAUGUGGUGGUGGCUACGGCGGCAAGGGUGGCUGUGGCUAUGGAGGUGGCAAAGCCCCAGCCUAUGGCGCUGCACCAGCCAUUGGUGGCUAUGGAGGCUACAGCAAGGGCAAGGGCAAGGGUGCUGGCCAGUGGAGUGGUUCCCAGAGCCCCUACCAACGGAGAAUGCUUCAGGGAGACUGCGGGCGAUCCACUCGGCUGCAUGGUGGGGCCCCGAUGACAUCAGAGAAGAGGCAGAUCGGGCAGACCGGGCAGACCGCUGAUGCCGCGAUGCUCAGGAAGGACAGUGGCCGCCAGCAGACCUGUCUCAGCCACAAGGAGAAGACGUGGGGCAACUCAGUCUUGGUAUUUUCUGAUGGCUAUGGCUACUGCAAAGACAUUCUGCAGCAGGCGCCUCCAGGCCGCAUUGGCUCAAAGAGUGUCCAGACAAAGCCAGCAGACAAGUACACAGAGAAAGAGGUGCAGAAGCUCGUAGGCAGCCAGUCAUGGGAUUUGAUUAUCUUCGGGCUCGGCAUCGAUUUGCCUGAGAGCUCAGACCUCGCAGACGUGCACAAGCAGCAGGAUGCUGUGAUGAAGGUCUUUCUGGCCCUCUUGAAGAAGUUGGGUGAUGAUGCCUCCAGAUGUAAGAGGCUAUGCGUCCUCACCGUGGACUGCUUUGCAGAAGAAAGGGAGAUCCACGAGGAGUUGGGUCUCAGUCUCAUCACCAACGCUUGCCUCUUCGGUGCUUGCAAUACUGCAAGGACAGAGGUGCCUUGUCCUAUUCAGUACAUCGACACCGAAUGGGCUUUGAGGAAGGAGAAUCUCCCAUACUUGGUGGCUGAGAUCUUCCGACAUGCAUCUUUCGGUCACAACUCUGUGCGGAUCCUGAACAAGGGCAGAUAUGUGUUGAGGCAGAUGUCCUGCAAGCCUUACAUGCGACGCCCUGUAUGGCAGCUGCCAGAGGAUGGAGUCAUUGCCAUCUCUGGUGGCAACGGCGCCUUGGGGUUGGUCAUGGGCCUGUGGUUGCUACGAACGGCCCAAAAGCAGGGUGGCAAGAAGUUCAGCAUCAAAUUUCUGUCAAGGUCAAUGAAGAUCAGUGACCAAAAUAUGCCGAACUGGAAGGAAGUGCAGAGCUUGGCAGAGAGCCUCGGCAUUCAUGUCGAACAAGCCAAGUGCGAUGUCAGCAAACAGGAGUCUGUGGAGAGCUUCGUCCAGAGCGUCACACCAAACCUUACAGGUUUCAUUCACUCAGCAGGUAUUUUGCAGGAUGCUAUGCUGAUCAACCAGACUUGGGAAAAGUUCGAUGCGGUCUUCGAAGCCAAAAGCAGAGCGGCAGCUUUCUUGCAUGACGCGUUGGAGAAGAAUCAAAACCCAAAGCUGAAAUUCCUGUGGUUAUUCUCCUCCACGGCUGUUUAUGGCAACAUGGGUCAGCUCAACUACUCAGCUUCAAACUCCUGGCUGGAUGCUCUCUCCCGACACCGAAAUGCGCUUGGAAAGCCGUGCAUGGCACCGCAGUGGGGCGCCUGGGGUGAGGUGGGAAUGGCUGCCAACUUGGACGAUGCAUCCCAGAGGCGCAUGGCUAUGAGCCCGAUGCCACCCUUUACCAACGCCGAAGGCCUCUGGGGUCUGGAGUGUGGCCUGAGGACGGGCUUGCCGUAUUUCAGUGUCUUCCGUAUGAACGUUGACAUCAUGUUCGGCGUCAUUCAGGGUGAUGACCAUCCCAGCCAAUGUUAUGGGCGGAACUUCUCUUCACAAACGAUUCCUCCACCUCCUGGUGAUCCUUCGAAGAAUCCCUACACAACGCUUGGAUACGAGAUGAGAAAAGGCAUUGAUUUGCAUGAUGGCCUCGUGUUCCAACGCCACUACCCGAAGAUUGCCAAUGCGGUCGGGAUGUAG